AUGAGUGAAGAAGCCGGAGAGGACGCCCAGCGCAAAGCUGCCGAGCGCGAGGCCAAGAAGGCCGAGGUGCGCAAGCGUCUCGAAGAGGCCGGAAACAAGAAGAAGGCCAAGAAGGGAUUCUUGACACCAGAGCGUAAGAAGAAGCUUCGUAAGCUUUUGAUGGUCAAGGCCGCCGAGGAUCUUAAGAGACAACAAUUGCUUAAGGAGCAAGAAAGACAAAAGGCUCUUGCUGACAGAACCAUCUCACUUCCAAAUGUUGACUCCAUUGAUGAUAAGGGACAACUCGAGAAGAUCUACAAUGACCUCUGGGCUCGUCUUACCCAGCUCGAGGAGGAGAAGUACGACAUCAACUACGUCGUCUCCCAGACUGAGGCUGAGAUCAACUCCCUCACUAUUGAGGUCAACGAUCUUCGUGGAAAGUUCGUCAAGCCUUCACUCAAGAAGGUGUCGAAGUACGACAACAAGUUCAAGAAGAGCGGUGAGAGCAAGGCCGGAACCAAGGAAGACUUCCGUGCCAACCUCAAGAUUGUCAAGAAGGACGUUAUGGAGGCCAUCGUCAAUGUUAAGAAGAAGGACGACAAGCCAGAUUGGUCCAAGAAGAACAAGGAUGCCAAGGCCGAAGACUCCGCUCCAGCUGCCGUUGCUCCAGAAGCUGAGCCAGUUGCAGAGGAAGCCGAGGCUGAGCCAGAAGCCGAGGAAGAGGAAGGAGAGGAGGAGGAGGAGGAGUAAACUCCUAAAUCCAUCACUUCAAUCCUGCUCAACAUCAUCCAAAUCGACGUCAUCAAACCGAACAACCCCCCUCCCCAAAAAAAAAUAUGCCAACAUCAAUAUUCUGUAGUUUGUAAAAUACUUUUUUACCAUUUUAUUCUUCCUUCGAUGGGUCCCGGAAAUUUAAAUGUCAACAACGUGUGUGCUAAUAAAAUCUUGGUGGUC